AAGACAUGGACUGUGGGAUCAAGGUAGUCCAAUACCAUUCGCCACGGAGUACAAAAGAAACACAUUAACAGUGUUAUAUAUCUCCCUUUCACACAUACAUAUAUGUGCACUCCCACAAAACACACACACAUAUUCACAGAGUAAGCAUUACGGCAAGGUCUUAUUCUCUUCUAAAGAUACAAAACCAAAACCUGAUAAAGUACUCACUGACUCACUCUCUCUCUCUCUCACUGAGAAUAGAUAUUUUUUCUCACACUCAUACAGUCUCCAUCUACCACUGUACACAUACAUUUGAAAAACCACAAACACCUAUCCACUUACACGCCCCCUCACCGUCUCCCUCUCUUUCUAUGUCUGGUAUUCUCUCACCGUUUAUUCACAAACACAUGAGGUGGCCGCACCACAAGUCAUCUCACUUUCUCCUGCUCCCCCUAGUGGUCGCCUGGCUUAUCGCAGAAGCGUGGAAAAGGUGGACUUAAAAAGACCGGGAGCAAGAAAGACUGGGAAAGGGGAGGAAAGUGAAUAAGACCCCUCCCACCGAUGACAUCAGCGCUGUACUGAAGCAGAGCUAGAGGCAGAUGUAGCCUCACACUUGUAGUGCGCUCUAGGCAGCCGAUCUGUCCUGCCAGUCCUCCUGUCCUCUCCGAGCCAAAGGAGUGUGUGCGAGUGUAAAGUGUGUUGAGGACACCACAACGCAGACACACAUACGCGCGCAAACGCACACACAUACACACACAUGCACAGUGCGACCACACCGCUGCUGCUGCUGCGGAGAAAUUCUCUACAUGAGAUUGGGUUUUGGAUCUGGAAACAUCACUAAUUUCGCUCUGUUGGAUUUACUCUACUGGCCGACUGAUUUUUUUUUAAAGGAUAUUUUUUGUUUCGCUUUAUAGUUGUUGACUCACCAGGGAGUGACCUGAGGAGAGGUGCAGCAUGGGAAACGGAGUGGGCAUCUGACAGGAGAAACCGCAGGUUCCCGAGGAGAGAGAGGUGGGGACCGGAACGACGCCAGCACGGUGUUCCCUCAGAGCCACGAGGCUGGAUACAUUAUUCAUGUCAAAGCCUGGAGCAAGAGAACAGGAUUCUGGGAUAACCGGAGGCCUGGGCGUUUGGAAGUGAGCAGUCCUGGAUUUGAGCCUGUGAUACGGCAUCUUGACAUGGCUCAGCCUAACUUUGGGCCUGUAUGCCAGUCUGCAUAGGAGAGAGGAUUCGCCGUUGUCCAGGCCUAUUCCCCCCCCCCCCCGACAAGGAGCCUCCGACCAACACAAAAGGCUCUAAUUUGGGGUCCAAGCUAUUGCUCCAGCGCAUAAAGGGAUUCUGCAUGUGCCGUUUGUUUUUUCUUUAUUAUCCUCAGAAUUGCAUGCAAGCACUGGAGCAGGAAGCCUGAGGUUUGUCUCAGAGUGGAGGAGCUUUCUUUAUAGGUUUAUCUACCAUGGCAAAGCCUUUGAUGGCAUGAACUCUGGACACCGCGGUACAACACAAAAGGUCAGCCGCACAAACAAGGAUCAGUUCAGCAAAUACCGACCAGGUCAGGAUCUAACCAAAGAGACCCCUCAGACAACACUGACAAACGGCUCCUGAAAGGAACAAGAAAGAGGAGCUUAAAGGCCUCAUUGGAUUGUCGGUGGCGGCAGAGGAUUUACUGGUUCUUUUAAAUCAGGGGGAUUUCGGCAUAUUCUAUCUACUCAACAGACGGCACUCAAGAUGGUGUAUCAGAACAGAUUCUUCCUUGCCUUCCUCGUCAGAGCAGGAUUACUCCUGAGUCUGGCCAAGCCACUGGUCACCUCAGACUCCUGCCCCUCGCAGUGCCGUUGUGACGGGACGUUCAUCUACUGCAACGACCGAGAGCUGACCUCCAUCCCCAGCGGUCUCCCGACGGAUGCCACCAUCCUCUUCCUGCAGAACAACCGCAUCAGGAGUGCCGGAAUUCCUGCAGACCUGCGCAAGCUGGUCAACGUGGAGAAGAUCUACCUAUACUGCAACAACCUGGACGAAUUCCCAACUAACCUGCCUUUGAACGUGAAGGAGCUUCAUCUGCAGGAAAACAACAUCCGUAUGAUCACUCACGACUCUCUGGCUCAGAUCCCGAUCAUUGAGGAGCUGCACCUGGAUGACAACUCUGUGUCAGCCGUCAGCAUAGAAGAUGGGGCUUUCAGGGACAGCAAUCACUUACGGCUGCUAUUCCUUUCCCGUAACCACCUGAGCACCAUCCCCCCUGGUCUACCGAUGACCAUCGAGGAGCUGCGCUUCGAUGACAACCGCAUCUCCUCCAUCACCGAGCUGUCGCUGCAGGACCUCAUCAACCUGAAACGACUGGUGUUGGACGGAAACCUCCUCAACAACCGAGGCAUCGGGGAGAUGGCCUUUGUGAAUCUCAUCAACCUGACAGAGCUCUCGCUGGUGCGCAACUCCUUGACGUCGCCACCAGCCAACCUGCCCGGCACUAGCCUGGAGAAACUGCAGCUGCAGGACAACCACAUCAACCGGGUGCCACCUGGGGCCUUUGCCUUCCUAAGGCAGCUCUAUCGCUUGGACCUGUCGGGAAACAACCUGAGCAGCCUGCCGAUGGGCGUCUUUGAGGACCUGGAUAACCUCACCCAGCUGCUGCUGCGGAACAACCCGUGGUACUGCAACUGCCACAUGAAGUGGGUUCGUGAUUGGCUGCGCACCCUACCUGGAAAGGUCAACGUGCGGGGUUUCAUGUGUCAGGGUCCUGACAAGGUGAAAGGCAUGGCUAUCAAAGAUCUGUCCACAGAGCAGUUUGACUGCACAGACGAGGAUGUACCAGCACCCACCUACGAAACCACAACGGUCUCCAACACGCUGCCUCCCUCCAAGCCUCAGUGGCCCUCGUAUGUGACUAAAAGACCUGUGGUCAAAGGUCCGGAUCUAAGUAAAAACUACCGUAGCACCACACCAUCUGGCAGAAAGAUCAUCACUAUAAAUGUCAGGUCCAGUAACGCAGAGACUGUCCACAUUUCCUGGAGGUUAUCACAGCCGAUGACUGCCCUGAGGCUCAGCUGGCUAAAGCUGGGACAUAGCCCUGCCUUUGGAUCCAUCACGGAGACCAUCGUACAAGGGGAGAGGACGGAGUAUCUCCUCACUGCUCUAGAUCCCGAGUCCUCCUAUCGGAUAUGCAUGGUUCCCAUGGAGACUAGUAACAUUUACCUGUCAGACGAGGCACCUGUUUGCAUAGAGACAGAAACCAGCUCCCUGAAAGCGUACAACCCCACCACCACCUUGAACAGGGAACAAGAGAAGGAGCCUUACAAAAAUUCCAGUCUGCCUUUAGCUGCUAUUAUCGGAGGGGCUGUGGCACUUUUGGCCAUCAUCAUGCUAGCGCUGGUGUGCUGGUAUGUGCACAGGAAUGGCUCUCUGUUUUCCAGAAAUUGCACAUACAACAAAGGCCGACGAAGGAAGGAUGAUUACGCUGAGGCAGGAACAAAGAAGGACACUUCCAUCCUUGAGAUUAGAGAGGCUUCUUUUCAGAUGAUACCAAUAAAUCAUGUUCCUGUGUCCAAGGAGGAGUUUGUGAUACACACAAUUUUUCCUCCUAAUGGUUUGAGCCUCUACAAAAGUCCGCCCAGUGAAAUGAAGAACACCAUGAACAACAGAAGUUACAGAGACAGUGGAAUACCAGAUUCAGACCAUUCUCACUCAUGAUACUUCAUACAGACUUCAAAGACAUUCGAUCAUGAAUGAGUGACUUAAGAAAUAGUUGGUCUUUUGCAACACACUGGAUCUAAAAGACUGAGAAAGCAAUGUUCUGUACAUUUGCCAUAUAAUUUAUAUUUAAGGACAAUUUAUUAAAAGACAAAUGUUCAAAUUGCAGGCCAUCACUGAGCUGGCAGUGAAUGCAGUCACUAACUGCAAUUCUAUAUUUUAGAGAUUUGUAGUAAUUUGUACUGUAUUUCCUUUGCUUAAGGUUUCUGACCAAUUAAAAAAAAACUUUGUGUUCUACUGAAAUAUGAUGACUUGUCAACUGUGAAAGUGGGGUUUUCAUUGCUGUGUUGAACAAUCAGAUUUUAGAGAACCUUGUAGUAUAAAGCACAGGUCAUUCUUUUCGCUAUGUUUCUGUCAGAAAAACAAAUGGAAAGGCAAAAAACAAGUACCUUGGGAAAUAGGGCACAGCUGACUCAAUACAUGGAGAGAAUUCGCCCAUUUUGUCUUUUCUAGGGAAGAGCACAGAGCAUAUACGACAGUGUCAUGGAAACGCAGGGCUUGUGCCUGGAAUCCUAGUUAAAGAGUUAACCAAGGCGGAGUGUCAGACUCUAUUUCUCUGCUUUGUUUUGCUUGUGGAGAUAGAUUAUUCCCAGUAGUUUGGGACAUGCGGACCCACAGCACAGUUCCCUGGACUACACUCCUGUGUCUUCAGUCACAACACAGGGGCAAUUUAAGCACACAGAGAUCUUUACAAGGAGACGGUGGUCUUUCAGUGAAACCAGGACAGGCAAGGUGACACAGGAGACACCAAAACUCAAUUGUUCAAGUCAACAAGGGAAAACGACAUCAGAGCUUUCAGUACAGUGUUUCAUACGUCAAUGUCAAUAUUGCCCUUCAAAAUGAAUAUAUCCUGGGCAGUAAAAAAAUGACAUGGUAAGAAUUACAUUUUGGCUUUUUUGGAAUACAAAGUGUCGGCUAUUUUUUGUUCUUUUAAAAAUAAAUAUUAUUUGUAUUUUUUUUUCCAAUUUAAGCCACUUUUUAUGUUGCCACGAUUUUAUUGUUCUUUACAACUUAAGACCAAAGUGCAUUGUAUGCCCUUUGGCCUGUCUUGUAUGUGCCUUGAUCCAAUGCUUAAUGUAUUUAGCUUUUUGAAAGAAUAAAUCAGUGACUUAACUUUUUUUCAUACACAGUUGAAUAUGAUAAAAUAUUGGUCAUAUUGCAAAAUAAAAGUGGAUAAAAAUUAA